UUGGGAAAACUGUACAGUAUUUGUAGUUGUGGAUGCGUGGCUUCUAUUUAAUUAUGUACUAGUAGAUUAAGUAAUAUCUUGUAUCCUUUUUAUGAGCGUAUGGGCCCUUCAAGCAAAAGAAACAACGAGUUGCGAUGUGAAGCCAGCAAGGAAUAGUACAGACAUGCAGCUGCAAGAAUUUCAACCCAACAAGAGUAGUAGUAGCACGACGCGUUUUCGUACAGUUGCACCUAGGCAAACACGUGAGAUGGAGACAGCGCAACAAGAAAUAGAGGCGCCAGGACUUCUGGGACACGAUGACGAUGCACGAAAAGAUGAGCAGAAUGAGCAAGUAGUACAGUUUCCCAACAUUAGCAUCAAUCCAGAGAUGGAGGGUAUUCAGCAGACAGCAGGUACGGAGCUCAAUUCAACGUUAUCUGGCAAGGGGCAGCAGAGCAUGGAGCAGCAAGGAGC